CAGUCCGUUCUUCCAAUUCAUAGUUCGAAUACAUCUGGUCAAGUUUGACACAUAAAAUUUUCUAGUGGAAAUUGUCAACAUCCAAAACAAUGUGUCGUCUGCACGGCAGUUCAAGUUGCACAAUAGCGAUGCUUUUAGUUCUGAUGACUUCAACAUUAGCUGUGACGCUCAAGCGGGCGGAGAGGGCGAGUGGGCCGGCGAGGGAAGAUGAAUUUUUGUCAACAUUGCAACAGCACACCAACGAGACGCGGUCCAGUCUCGCGCACCACAUCCAAAACGUGGCUGGGGUAAUGAAGGACACAAUGACGUCGCCUUGGGUGCCAGGAGCGGGCAAGCAACUGUUCCCAGGCGCGACGCCUGCGUGCCUGUCUUGCCAGGUGCUGGUCAAGGCGCUGUUCCAGUUCCUGCGCAGCACCACAGACACCGCACUCUUCUACAAGGGCCUCAUUGCGAUCUGCCAGCAGCUUCUCUUCAGACAGCCUGGCGUCUGUUCGGGGAUCUUAAAUAAUGAGAAGGUGACUAAUCAAUAG